GUUUCUACGAAAUUGCACAAAUUUUGAUGACGUCUUAAAUUGUUAUCAUAAAUGCAUAGAAUUUAAAGAUAAAAAGGAUUACUUGAUUCAAGUUCAUUCUUGACACGGACGAGCUUUUAUAAGAAAGAAAAAAAACAUUUCUAAGUUUGAACAUAAGGUAUUUACAAAAGUGUCGAUUGUUUUGGUUCUGAUGGCUUUGGCAAAAUUCACAGCAGCUGUAUCAGCAGCAGAAAAACUUAAAAAUUUAAUACACACUACUUCGUCGAAUAAAAUUGGGACACCUCAACAAACUGCUGGAUUCGAGUUCCUCAACGUUCGAGCCAACGCUCAAAGCACAAAAGGUAUUAAUAAGGAUCACCUUCUAAAGUCAAUCACAAAAUACAUGGAGCCCCUCGCAGCAGGAAAUCCUGACUUAAUGUGUGUGGUAGAUGAAGCUAGAGAGGUUAUUAACGCUGAUGCCGAGGAGCACCAAGAACAGUCUUUUGUUAUUCUUACCGAGAAUGGUGCAGGUUCAGCGUAUGCUCUGUUUAUCUAUUUUCAGAAGAGAGAAGAUGGGAAGUAUAACUUCAGAAAGCUUUUGUUUUGUGGUAAUUUUCGACUGGCUGCUGAUGUGUGUAUUGUGCAUCACUCGAAAAACAAUAUUUUUUACUCUAAGUCUGAGGACGUGGUAAAAUAUAUUCCAAGGCGUGGUAUAACACAACAAGAUGUAACAGCUUUUUUGGAAGUCAUGAUACCAAAAAUUGCACAAGUUAUGGUGGAAUUUGUUCCAGAUGAUCGCAGAAGUAUAUAAUAAGGGGGAUUAAAGCAGUUCUUCGAGCGCUUAUUAAACACUGGAUUGUAAUUUUUGAGAAAUUUUGUAGUUGAUUUGUAUUAAGUCGAUUUUUAUUAUUCAAUUGUUUAGUUUUUGUAAUAUUUAGUUAGUAAAAAAUAGUUUUGCUGAAAGGUUUGCUGUUUUUAUAUUAACGAGUAAUAAUUUAAAAGCUGCUUGUUUAAAAAAGGUGAAUUUUUGGCUUAAAACUUUGCAGCACAACAACACGUUAUUAUACUCACAUUAUACCAAGAAAAUCUCUUCAUUAGAAGUUUAUUACAAAAUACUAGUUUUUAUUUUUAUCCUUGAAUGCUGAAUCAUUCAUUUUAUGGUUCAUUAUUUUUACACGCUUUGAUGAUCACACUGUUUUUUUAAAAAUAAUACACAGGUUAAAGAUCAAAAUAGCAAAUAUGCUAUUAGUUAAAUAACACGACGAGAGUAUUUUUAUUUUUAUUACUGAACUUAUAAACUAAUUAAUGAGUAAAGAUAAAGAAAAUAAAGAUUUGUAAACAAAGCUGAAACCGCCAUAUUGCAUGUUCGAUUUGUUGUUUCUGGUCUGUGUGUUUAUCAAAUUUGGCGUCAUCUCAUCUCAACAAACUUCAUCGUUCGAAGUUGGAUGUAUGUUGUGAAAAAGCGAACCAAAUUACAAAAAGAAUAUUAUUAUUGGCCGUGAAAGAUGUUUAAUAAAGUUCCAAGAAGUAUAAACGAAGGUUAUGAAAUGCUGGCAAUACGAUUGUAUGUAAAAAUAUUCUUGCUUAUCUUGAGUUAAAUGUGUUAUUUUUAAUGUUUGUAAGUAAAUCUCAAACUUGCUUCUUUUUUACCCACACAGCCAUAAAAACUUUGUAAAAAUGUUGCUAGGAAGGAAUACGGAUAUUUAUUUAUAAAACAUAGUUAUUUGUGUGUCGUUAUAGUAAUUAUUUUAUUAGAUUCUGGGAUUUGGACGUUCCUUAAAUUUUGCUACUUCGUCUAAAACAUAUUUUUUGGCUGCCAAAAUAAAGUUUUUCCUUCGUUUCCGGCAUUUUGCCAUACCCCAGUCGGUCAAGCAACGGGGCAGAACCCUAAUGGUUGCUGUUUUAAAUUGUAAUAAAACUAGAAACCCAAGCGUCUUUUUAAGAUUUCAUUGUACACUUCUGUUGCAUCAACUUUUUCAAGAAAUGAUGGUCAUUCUACCCAACUUAAAAAAGUUAGGUACAGAUCCUUUUCAGUACCCAGAAAAAGAUUUGUGUGCAAACUAUUAGAUUAAUAAAUUAUCUAAUCUGUGGUACAAGUAACACAAACGUUACUCUAGUCACGUCAAAGAAGAGUGUCAUGAGUGGAAACAGUAAACUCUAACAAGAUUCACCCUUUCUAGUGAGGAUGUUUACGAGAAGUGUUUACCAGAAUCAAUAAGAGGUACUAAUGGAGAGAAAAUACUCAUGUGUUUCUUUAUGAAUGUUUGCAUGGUUAUCAUUAUUUCUGUCAGUGUUGAGAAGUCGAACGUGAUCAUAAACAUGUAUAUAGAAUAAUAUUUGCAACACCUUAUGUUUAUUUUUAGAUCUAAACGCUUUAGAUAUUCUUUAGUAUCGUUAGCCCGUGGAAAAAUCCACGGGUUUGCCCGUCCUUUUUAUACAUUGCGUGCGUCUCGCUGCAUGCGCAGCUAAGCUACCAUUAUGCGUGACAGACGGACGGACGGACGGACGGGUAUUAUAAUAUAGAUGAUCGGUAUUGUUUUUGUUUCUAUUGUUCCUAUAAUUAUUGUUUAUUGUUUUAGCAUAUUGUAGCAUUUUUUAAUUUUUUGUAACAAGUUUAUAAAUGGGGUAAAUAUUUAUGAUAGUUUGAAUUUUUAAGAGAUUGAUACUUAGACAUUUAAGAAUAAAGAAAAUGUAAAUUUUA